GCUCACUGAACUGGGAUCAGGUGGAGAAUCAGCUGACUCCCCCACAAACAGGAAGAGGAACUCACAGCUCAACAACACUAGUCAUGUCAAAAUAGCAUCUGUGCACUUGUUUUAUUGAAUAAAAAGAGGCUUCAGACUCAGAAUAUGUUCGCCGGAGACGAUGAGGACGGGGACUUCUUGUCUCCAUCAGGAGGGGCCAAGUUGGCCUCCCUGUUCGGACUAAACCAGGAAGGCACUCAGGGGAACGAGUCCUUCCAGUACACAGCACCGAAACAGCCCAGAAAGAACUCCAAUGCAGCGUCAGCCACCCAGAAACCAGCUCCACCACCUGGAGCUCCUGCAGUGUUAUUCGCCACAGCAGUCCAAGCCUUCAGAUAUAUUAACGGACAGUAUGCGAAGCAGGGGAAGCUGGGAGCAGCCGUACUGGGCAACCACGCAACAAAAGAGUACAAGCUGCUUCUUUACUUGAGCCAACAGAAACAAGUGACCGCUGCCAAGAUUCAUGUGGGCUUUGUUUUCACAGUACAGCCAAACAAUUACUUCACUUUUUAUGACGAGCAGAGGCAGAACUGGUCCCUGAUGUUUGAAACAGAGAAAGCUUCAUCGGACUUCUGCAAAGAGGUGUGUUUGGCGAAAGCAAACAGCGCAGUCUCCUUAGAUGAUGUGGUGGUUCAGGAUCUGAGUAUUGGUGAGGGCCAGGCGGUGGAGAAUGGAGACUCUUUGGAGGUGGUGUACACAGGCUGGCUCCUGCAGAACAACGCCAUCGGCCAGAUGUUUGACUCCAACCAGAACAAGGACAAGUUGCUACGACUGAAACUUGGAGCUGGAAAAGUGAUCAAAGGCUGGGAGGAAGGGAUGCUUGGGUUGAAGAAGGCAGGCCGUCGUCUCAUUAUCAUCCCAGCCAACCAAGCUUACGGAUCCAAGGGAGUCCCCAACCGCGUCCCGGCUAACAGCACUCUUAUUUUUGAAGCAGAGAUUCGAAGGGUGAAGUUUUCCAAGGACAAUGGGUCUGUUAGUGGCAGCUCCAGAGGCUCUGCUGCUCCCUCCCCUGUUCCUUCCUCAGCUUCCAGUGUGGAGAAUCUGGCGCCAGAGCACCCAGUUCAAACGACCGCCUCCGGUCCAGGCAGACCAGGGGAGCCACCACUUCGUGCAAAGUCAAACUCCCUCAGUGAACAGUUGGCAAAUCCUGAUGCCUCAAAAGCCAAGCUGAUCUCUCGCAUGGCAAAGAUGGGCCAGCCCAUGUUGCCCUUUAUGACAGGAGGGGCCAGCCAGCCCGAAUCCAGUGAUUCUGAGCUUGAGGACACCAGUGGCAGCAGAGCGAAGGAUCGGCCUGUGGCUCCAUCUCCAGUGCAGAUCUCCACUGCUGCUCCAGCUUCAGCAUACAUACAAUCAUAUCCUCACACCGCUCCACCUUCUGCCUUACUUCCUGUUAUGACCACUGUUGCCCCACAGCCGGGGCUGUCUGCCAGCAGCCAUGCCUUUCAGCCUUACGCCUACCCACCGAACUCCGUGGCUUCAUCUCAGCUACAGCCUGUUGGCCAUGUCUACCCUGCACAAACUAUCCCAUACAUGGGCUCCAACGAUGUGACAUCCUUCUUGAUGACUGAGGCCCGACAACACAACACAGAGAUCCGGUUAUCAGUCGGAAAAGUAGCAGAUAAAGUGGAUCAGCUGGCCUCAAAGAUAGAUGACCUUCAAAGGCAGGGGAGUGUUUCCAUGGGUGUUCCUAGUAUGUCAAUGGAAACCUCCAUGAUCAUGCACAACAUCCAAAGAAUUGUCCAGGAAAAUGAAUGUUUCAAAAAGGAAGUCUUUGAGAAAAGCUCUCGCAUCGAGGAGCAGAACCAUAAGAUCGGGGAGCUCAUCAACCAGAAUCAGAGGUACAUGGAGCAGAGUAACCUGCUGCAGGAAAAGAGGAAUGACUCCCUCAAGUCAUCCAGUGAACAGACCCAGGCCAGAUUACUGCUGGCUGAGCAGGACAAGGUCCGUCUGACGGAGGAUCUGGCUUCGUCCGUGUCCCAGCAGUCUCAGCUGCAGCUAGAAGCUACAGCUCACCAGCAGAAGGCCAUGGAGAUGCAGAGUAAACUGAGCUCAGCGCUGCAGGACAACGAGAGGCACUGCCAACGCGUUGCUGCCCUGGAAACACAGCUGGAAGAGAUGAAGGAGGUAGCAGAGAGGGCCCAGGCUCAGUACCGUUCAGAGAAGCAAAGACGCAAAGAGAUGGAGCUGAGAGUCAACAACACAGAGGAGGAACUGCAGGACCUAAAGACUGAUAAAGAGAGCCUAGAACGAACACUUUCAGAAAGGAAGAAGAAGUGGCAGGCUGAGCGUCAGCGUCGGGAUGAGGAGGUGGAGGAGCUCCGUAAGAGCAGCCAGCAGGAGCUGGACAACAUCCGAGCUCAACUUCGCAAGGCCAGGACCAGCACUGACAAUGCUGCAGCCGAACAGUUGUCUCAGCUGCAGUCGGAGCUGGAGGAGGAGUGGAAGGGGAAGUGUGAGCAGAUGUUGGCCUCUGCUAAAGAGCAGCACAGUAGAGAGCUGACUGAACUAACAGAGCAGAGAGAUGCUCUGCAGGACAAGCUAACCCAGCUACAGGAAAAGUUUACGGUUCUGAAGCAGUCAAGAGAGUUAGAAGACCAGUCUUUGCUACAACAUCACGGGCAGACUGAAGAGCUGCAAGCCCUUCAGGAAAAAUACACAGCCUUGGAGCAGCAAGGAGUGGCUGUACGGGAGAAACUGGAAAGAAGAGUAGCUGAACUGGAGAAGAACCUGGCAGAGCAGGAGAGUUCAGGAGAGAGUUCAGGAGAUACUUCAGGAGAUACUUCAGCAGAGGUGAAGCGUGUGAUGAACGGAGUGUUUCAUUCUCUGCGAGGGGAGUUUGACCUCAGUGAAUCUUACAGUGGCCAGGCUGUGCUGGGGGUGAUUGUCACUACCAUUAAGAAUGUAACCUUGCAGCUGCUCAGUGGCACAGACAGUUCUUCGCUGAGACCGAGUAAGAAGGAAGAGGAAGAAGAAGAGGAGGAAGAAGAAGAAGAACAAGAAGAACAUAAUGCACAUGUGAAUGGUGGCAGAGAGGAAGUCAGAGAGGAAUCUGAUUCUCACCAAGUCAGUGAGACCCAGACGGAUCAGGAAGUAGCAGCAGAGGAGCAGACGGAGACCGCAACUGAGUCAAAGACACAAAGCCAGACAGAGGCACUAGAGGUCACUGAUCUCAGUCUUGUUUCUCCCACUGAACCAAAACCUCAAGAGACGGCAGAGUCUGAAGAACAGCAGGAGCAGGCAGAACACCCUGUUCCUGAAAUCUCUACAGAGGAAAAAGACACCAACAAGUCUGCAGAUCCAGAUGAUGAACCUGAAGAGAGUUCCCCACCUGAGGAGGACGGACAGGAAACUCUGUCAGAAACAAGCGCUGCAGUGACAAGUGAGGUGGACAAGGAGAGUGUGGACGAUGGAGAGCAUGUAGAAGAAAUACAUGCUGCUCCUCAGAAAGCCUUUAGACCCCCAGACAACCCGCCUCCACCACCGAAUGCACUACCGAACAGCUCAGGAGAGGACUCAAGACUGACUGGGGGAAUGGCUGAGGAAAAUGGAGAGGCAGCGCCAUUUUUCCCGAUCUCAACUCCUGUCAACCCCCCCACAGCACCCAGUGAGGAGGAAGAGGAGGAUGAGAUGAGCUUGAAGGGCCGUCCCCCCCCUGCCCCUCUCUUUGGUGAUGAAGAGGAGGAUAAUGAUCUGGACUGGCUAAACUGAGAUGGAACCAGAAUAAUGCAACUCUAUAAACAGGCGCAAGGAGCUUUACCAGCCGUCUCUGCCUGGUGGAGCAGUCAACACAACAAGAGAGACCUCUGCUGAUGACCUUGAUCGGACGAAGAAGUCAGACCCGCCUGGCUCUUCACCUCCGUGCUGCCCUGCUGACAGACAGCUGCUACCACAGCUACAAUUUCAGGCUCUGAUUUUGUUUUGAAAUAACAAUUAAAUUUGUAAUUCACAGAAGAAGACAAUUACAACAAAUACGUUUCAUCAGUUUAUGUGAUACCUGUUUGGUGAUUUCAUUUAAUCCCAAAUUUUUACAUGGCACUGUAGCAGAUUAGUCUGUUGAAUCAGAAGUAAUCCUGUUGUUUUAAUUAUUAGCUUGCUGCUUUAAGAAUAGAACUUUUACACACUUUUGCUAACCUGAAAUUCAUUCCCAGAAAAUAAAUGACAUAUAAAAUGCCA